CCCUGGGAGGGAUGCGAUGAACUGUGGCUACUCAAAGCAAGAAGAGUACAGACCCUUUAAAAAUAACCUCUUUCACAGGUUGGCUGCCAAUUUAAGAUUUCAGUACAACACAUCUAUUGCAACAUAGAUAUUCUUUUCGCCUGUACUGUUUAAUAGUACAAAUAUUUAAUGGUUAGAAUUGUAACUGUCGAUUAACUCGAGAUAAUUUAGAACACGAUUAGCUGUAACCGCAUAAUGCUAAUUGUAGGCCAACGUUUCACUAUAGUAAAUGUGUGUAGAUUGCGCUUGCUCAACAAAAAACUCCAUGUUACAUAUAGAAUGACGCGCAUAUUUCUCGAAGAAAAAUAAUGUAAUGGCAGUUUCGACAUGAGCGAGGGGGGAACUCAGGGGCUAAAAAAAACUAGCAGCCCCAAAAAGCGACACCCUGCUCUACCCGCCCUACUCUGGCUCUUCACUGCACAGCGAGGACGUCACACGGGUCGGGCCGCCCAAAGUGCUCCGGGACAAGGCGAGUGUCUGGAAAUAUAGGAAAAUCUACCUGAAACAGCGGGAGCAAAGGAGCCCAGAGGCAUCAUCAUCCACAGACAGACAAUAGAGGAUUUGGGAUUACAACCCACCCAGUCUCACUCACCACCCCCACCCACCUCUGAAAGGCAGCCAUGGGGAUCAAAAGAAGAAGGACCAAAAGAGUGAUUGUGGUUCCAGACGAUGUUUCCGAUGAGGUAGACUUGUUAAAUUCACUGACUUGGCUCAACACCCUACUGAAGACCAACUUUCAGGAUGUGCAGCACAUUGGUUCAGGUGCAUGUCACUGCCAGUUGAUGUCUGGCAUUAUUCCAGGCUCAAUUGACAUGACCAGGGUUAAAUUUGACGCACAAGCUGAGGAUGACUGCAAGCACAACUUUAGUCUUCUUCAAGAUGCCUUCACCAACAACCAUAUCACAAAGACCAUUCCAGUUGCUGAACUCAUAAAUGGGGAUUGUGAAACUAGUUUUGAGUUCCUGAAGUGGUUCAAAGCCUUCUACACAGCAAAUGUGAAAGAUGAAGAGUACGACCCUCUGACAGCUCAGAACAGCAAUGAUAUCACCCCGUACCUGCCAUCACAGCAAUCUCAAAAAUGCAACACUAAAUUGGAACCACCCACUGAAGACUGCAGACUCAAGAAAGUUGACCUUCUGCCCUUCAGCGAGUUCGCUCUCAAAUUUAUUGAAAAGCUCCGUGGUCACCAAAAGUCAAGACAUAUUGCAGACUGUAAAGUGGGGCCUGACGACAUGAUGUACAUAACAGCACUUUGCCAGCAAACUCCAUACUGUGUUUACUUCUAUGAAAGGGUGCCAUUUGAAAAGGAUGAGACUGUCUCUGUUGUUCUUGUUGGAUUUUUUGAUGUGGAAGCCUCUCAGCACUGCAUUAAAUUUCUGGAUGCUCUUAAGUCCCCAGCUGAUGAUAACGGGAAGCAAACAGCUUCAGCGGUGGUGGAGACUUUGAAGAAAUUUGGCUUACCCGUAGACACUUGUGUUGCUCUUUAUUUACACCAUAAAGGUGCUGCAACAGAGCACCUCAACUUGCAGCUCAGGGAGCUCAACCCAAACAUAGUAGCCUUUGGAGGACUUUACAACAUUUCUGAUGCUGCUUGCCAUGCGGCCAUGAAGAAGCUCUCCUGUCCUGUUCAAGAGCUGAUUCUGGAAAUCCAUGCUCACUACAUCUCCUGCCCUGUAAAGGACAAUAACCUCAAAAUGCUUUUUGGCUCAGAUAUCACAGAGGACAAUUCAUCAUCUGUUCUCAACACCAGCUGCCAUAAUGUUCAUCAGACAGUUACCAAAAUGGUGGAAAUAUGGACAGAUGUCAUCUUGCACUUCAGCUCAUGUGACAUGGAAGAUUGCAAAAUCAAAUUCAUCAAGUCCCAACUAGAGGAUCCUAAAGUCAGGGCAACCUUCAUGUUCCUGGAGCAGACCUUAAAGCCUCUGCACAACUUCCAAACACAUCUUCAGGCAAACAAGGGAACCAGCAGAGCUGACUUGAAGCUCAUCCUCGAAGAAGCCAGCAGCCUCCUGCGCACAUACACUGCAUCUUUCCUACACCCUGAAGGAGUAGCUCACAUCUUGAAAGAACACAAUACUAAAAUCCUCCAGGACAAGAAGUUUCACCUGUUAAGCAGUAAACUCAAUUUGGGCGGAGAGGUUGUAGAAGACUUACUGGGAAACUCUUCGGAGCGUGUGCAUUUCCAAAAGGAGGUGCUGUCAUUCUACAUGGCUCUCACUGGAGCCCUUGUACAGGAGCUGCCCAUCAGUGAGGAGAUGCUCAGCUGCAUGGCUCAGCUGCUUGACCCCCAAAGCAAACUGACAGCAACAAGAGAAUCACUGGAGGUGUUGGGGACUCAGUUGGGAAUGUGUCACUCCCCUGAGCAGGCCAGGCAGCUUUUCAGUGAAUUCCUUCAUUAUCAGCAGGCUGAAACAGAGGCAGAAAAUGUGGAGCAUCCUAUAGACAAUCACUGGGCCAGCGUCCUGGAGCAAACCAAACCUACAUCAGUUUUCAGAAAACUUUUGUUAACACUGUUGUGCCUACCCUGUCCUCCCCUUGACGCUCAGCAUGUCUUUACACAGGCCCUGGAAAUUGGAAAUAUAGAAUUGCUGUCUGAGAGUGAAGCCUUAACACAGAACAACUGUGACGCCAUGUCCGAGAGCAUUGACAAAGAGGACUUACCAGUCCAAAAUAUCCCAUCUGGUGACACAAACCUCUAUAUGAGAUUUAUAAAGCCAUGCCAAGUCCGCCUUACACAGCUAAAAGAGCUAAACAAAAUAUAUGAUGAUCUUGGAGAGAGGGACUUCACAAGUAAAAAGGAAGAUGAGGUCUCGCCAGCUAGGAAAGCGACCAGAGGACGCCAAAAAGGAGUUUACCAGGAUGGGAAAGGAUUUUUGACAGGAGAGCUUGUAUGGGGGAAUGUGAAGGGCUUUUCUUGGUGGCCUGGAAUGGUGAUACCUUGGAAAACCAAGUCUGCACCUCAGGGUUUUCGGAGGGUGGAAUGGUUUGGAGAUGGAAUGUUCUCAGAGACCACCACAGAAGGUUUGCUGCCUUUUCGUGUCUUCAGUACAUGUUUCUGCAAAAACUCAUUUGCCAGCCUACCCACCUACAAGGAGGCCAUCUUCCAGGUCAUAGAGCUCGCAGGUGAACGCUGCGAGAAGUCCUUUGAGGAGGCAAAGGGAGAUAAAGAAAAAGAACUCAAGCUGAUGCUGGACUGGGCCUUUGAGGGAUUUCUGCCUUCAGGACCAGAGGGAUUCACACCAGCUGAUAACGCACAAGUGGAUUCUGACUCCACUCUGUCUGACUGCCAGCCACCAGUCAAAAGGAAAUAUGCUUUAAAGAAUAGAUCAAGCACCUCCAACUACAUCUACAGCAGAGAAUUUAUACUGGAGAGGCUGAAGCAAAAAGGCACAAAAAUUGAAGAUCUUUGUUUGUCUUGUGGCACCUCUGAGAUAGAAGUGCAGCACCCAUUGUUUGAAGGCGGCCUUUGUUCCAGAUGCAAGGAGAACUUCACAGAGACGCUGUAUCGCUACGAUGAAGAUGGCUACCAGUCAUACUGCACUGUGUGCUGUGCAGGGUCAGAGGUCAUUCUUUGUGGCAACACCAGCUGCUGCAGAUGUUUCUGUAAGGACUGCGUGGAGAUCCUGGUCGCACCAGGAACCUUUGACAAACUGAAAGAUGUCGACCCCUGGAGCUGCUAUAUGUGCCAGCCGGCACAGUGUGAGGGAAACCUUAAAGUCAGGCCAGACUGGAGUGUUAAGGUUCAAGACUUCUUUGUCAACAACAGUGCCAUGGAGUUUGAGCCGCACAGAGUUUACCCUUCCAUCCCGGCUGACAAACGUAGACCAUUGAAGGUUCUCUCACUCUUUGAUGGAAUUGCAACAGGCUAUCUGGUGCUGAAAGACCUUGGCUUCAAGAUUGAACGCUACAUUGCCUCAGAAAUAUGUGAAGAUUCCAUUGCGGUGGGCAUGAUCAAGCAUGAGGGAAAGAUAGAAUAUGUAAAUGAUGUACGCACAAUCACAAGGAAACAUCUGGCUGAAUGGGGCCCAUUUGACCUGCUGAUAGGAGGAAGUCCAUGCAAUGACCUCUCCAUGGUCAAUCCCCUUCGAAAAGGAUUGUUUGAGGGCACUGGAAGGCUAUUCUUCGAGUUCUACCGCAUUUUGACAAUGUUAAAGCCAAAGGAGGAUGACAACCGUCCAUUCUUCUGGUUGUUUGAGAAUGUGGUGUUCAUGUCAGCCAGAGACAAGACAGACAUCUGUCGAUUCCUUGAGUGCAACCCAAUCCUUAUUGAUGCUGUGAAAGUCAGCCCUGCUCACAGAGCACGCUACUUCUGGGGAAACCUCCCUGGCAUGAACAGACCCCUUGCUCUCUCUCUGGAUCACAAAGCAUCUCUUCAGGAUUGUUUGGAAGUUGGACGCAUGGCAAAGUUGGACAAAGUCCGAACCAUCACAACAAAGUCAAACUCCAUCAGGCAGGGGAAGGUAGGGCUUCCUGUCACCAUGAAUGGCAAGGAGGACUACCUGUGGUGUACCGAAAUGGAACAGGUCUUUGGCUUCCCCAAACACUACACGGACGUGAACAACAUGGGCCGCAUGCAGCGUCAGAAGGUCCUUGGCCGUUCUUGGAGCGUCCCAGUCAUCCGUCACCUCUUUGCACCACUCAAGGAUUAUUUUGAAUGUGAACAGCAGCUGUAACGUCUGUAAACGUGCAGCCACAUCCUCCCCUGAACUACUGGAUAGUUUCUUAAAUAAGGAUCAAAUAAUGUCUGUACUACUUUGAGAAGGAAGUUUAUUUUCUUCAAUGGUGCUGUGAUCUACCAAUAUAGUGUAUCGUGGCCUGUAUCAGCAAGCAAGCCGGCAUCUUUGGGCUCAGGACUUUCUAAAUAGACCGCACUGACAGUGAUGAUUAUAGCUGCCUCAUAUAUGUUUACACCACUGUGCACUCCAUUUAUUACCUCAGUGAAUUAGGAAUCCAACCUCGAGGUCAAUGGCAGCUGUAAUCAUUAGUUUUAGGUUAUUCAAUUGCGCCUGAUGCUACUUUUCCCCAUAGCACAGCUUCAUUGUGCCAACCUUUUAAGUUUAUUAUUCUGAAUGUUUUAACAAUUUGGUGCCGAUUGUAUUUGACUUUUUGGAAAAUGGUCAUUCAGUGUCACCUGUGUUCCAGUUCAGUUGUGCCCAAACACUCAACCGGAGAGGCCACUUGCUUCCUGACACAGGCCCCAGGUCUCUACCUCAACUGUAUUUUUCAUUUUUUUAAAGUGUGGUUACUCAUUUUCAUAGGUUAUAUUUAUUUUAUAAAUAUAAAUUAUUUUUUUUCAACAUAACAUAGGAACUGUCGUUAACCACCAUGGUUGACGAGAAAAUGCAAGCUUCUGGUGCUGGAUUUUGUACAAAUCAGUUAGGAUUUUCUGAAAAAUCUUAAUCUUUGUGAUUUUUAAUACUACUAUUUUUUUUUUUUACAAUUGUUUACAGUUCAGGUGUCUCUAAAAACACAUACUCUCUGUCCAUGUUACUUACUGAAUCAUUCUAAUGUGCCAGGAAGUUGACAAAACAUUGUUGCCUUAAUUAAUAUUGAAUCAUGUGGCACAUUCCUUGUCCCCGUAUGUGUCUAUCCAACUAUCCGUAUAGUUAUGUAGACCCAAGCAUGAUGAAACCUCCUGUAUGGUCAACAUUUUUUAAAUUGUUUUUGUAUUAUCCCCUUUGUUACUGUGGUAAUGGUGCUAAAUAUCUGUACACUUCUCUUUUUUUAUUGUAAAAGGGAUAUUUUAGCUUUUAAGCAGUGUGUGUAUUUUUAAGCUGACAUGCAUACUUGGACGCGGUGUUCAUGGUAACGACAAAUGAUAAGGAAUUCAACCAGUGUUGUUUAUUGAAGGAGCUAGUUUCAUAUGAUUUUUUUUAAAUGAUUACUUUCUCAUAUUAACCAAAAAUGACAUUGCUUGAUCUGAAACACAUUUUUAGACGUUUUGAAACUUAUAUUUUUAAUUAUGAAUAAGUUCAAAGACAUAGUGCCUGUCAUUUCUAAAUGUGAACUAUAAACUAUCAGCACCAUGAUUAAUAAUACUGCUAGUUAAAGGAGAAAUCUAAUUGUUGCAAUUGGCCUGCCUUUUAAUCCUUUAUUUGAACCUUCUUUUUGCAUGCAUGCAUUUUGUACCAUUUGAUUUUGCAUGCUCACAAUUUUACAUGAGAAAUGAUUGGUUUUAAUAAAAAAUAUAUACAUGACACACCACAGUGAAUGAAAUCAUUUGGACAAUGACACUACCUCCCAGGGCUUAAGUAUUCUUUCCAUUUGCGAUGGAGUUUCAGUCUGGUUGCUUGCCUGUAUGUCCUGCUUUGUCACCCCAGGAACUUCUUUUCCUUCGUGAAUCAGUCGCAUCACCUCAGCAAAGGAAAGCUGCUUUUCCUGCGACUCCUCAGACUUCUCAGCUGUUUGUCUUUCAGCAUCACCCCAAGCUGAAGGCUCAAUGCUGCGGGCUGUUUGAGUCAUGUGAUUGAAACCAGAGCUGGACCACUGCUUGUAGCUGAUGGGGUCUAUGGGCUCAACAAACCUGU